UCGUGGCGGUCGGAGGAAAAUAACGCGGUGGAUAAUUAUCCCCAAUGAUGGUUUUAACAGAUUCAAAUAUCACACGCAAAAGCAGAGUCCAGUGAUAGGAUGUUACGGAAGGUUUCGGGCUUUAUCGCAACAUUAAAGCAUAUUCGGAAUGUACAUACCGUGUAAUUACAUAUCCACGUGUAACUUCAUAUAAUGCCGAGUUCAUGGAAAUCUGUGCAGUUUGUGAAAAAUAUAUCAACAGUUAUCUUUUGAAAGUUGAAUAUUUUUUCUGUUGAGCUGUGAAUGUGGACGACGAGAUGAUUUGGUAAUGCGACGUCAUAGUGACGAAAUGCGAAGGAAUCUAAACGAAGAGGACCCACGCUAUUCCGACGAAAACGAAUAUAGUUCAGGAUCAUCUGAGGAUACCCACACAUCCAAAGCCCGGAAAAGGAAGCCACGAAACAGUUCCGGAGGAGAAGACAAAAACAGUGAAUUUAAUUUCGACGGGACGCCCGUCCCCAAGCAGCGAAUGGCUGCGAACGCUCGGGAGAGGGACAGGACGCAUAGCGUCAACACCGCCUUUGUGACGCUUCGGACGCUCAUUCCGACGGAACCCGCGGACAGGAAAUUAUCCAAAAUUGAGACACUGAGACUGGCUACGAGUUACAUAGCUCACCUGAACACGGUGCUGAUGGUGGGUUCGGACUGUGUGGACCAGCCCUGUAUCAAACACCAGGCCAUGAUCCGAGGCGGGGUGGAUAAUCUACCCAAGACGCUGUGUACGUUUUGUCUCAGCGCCUCCAAAACGAGACCGAACAAACUUAAAUACCUGUCAAGGUGUCUGACCAUGGACCCUAGGACUUGGGCCCAGGAUGUGUUACGAUGUCGUCUCUGUGAGACCCCGAGUCCUCAUAUGUAUUGUGACAUUUGUAACAUAUAUCUAUGUAAAGCAUGUGUGGAUGAACACCUCUCAGAUCGACCCAACGAACAUAGCGUCAUACCGUUUCAAAAUCAUUUAUUUCCUAAUUUAUGUCGAAUUCAUUCCUCAAAAGAAUGUGAACUUUUUUGUGAACAAUGCGAGAAACCCAUUUGUGUGAAGUGUGCUUCUUCCAAAGAGCACAGCGGCCAUGGGUAUGUAGGCAUGGUAAAAGCAUUAGAUAGCCAAAAAGCGGUUUUAAAUAGAGAUUUACAGGAACUGGAGAAAUUUGUUCUUCCAAAAUAUCACGAAAUUGCAAAAAUUGUAAAUAAUUUCCCAGUUGAAAAAGAUAUAAAAGAAAACAUCCGGAAAUCGACAGCGGCUAUCGAUAAGCAUGGGGAUGAAUUGCACAGAGAAAUUGACAACAUUAUCAAGCAGAUGAAAUCUGAUCUCGACAAAAUGUCCCAAAAUAUUGAAGUCCUAAAAAAACACAAGAACAACCUUACAAGCACUAUUUCUGAAAUCACAAAGAGCAUUGCUGAUCUGAAGAAAUUACUCAAAUGCAGUUAUACCGAUUCUACCCGUGUAUUUGCUUACAAAUCCAGAAAUGCUGAAUUCAAAAGACUUCCACCUAAACUCACAGUUUCUUUGGCAGAAUUUUCACCUCAGGUUAUACAACCAGAACAGCUUCAUAAACAGUUUGGUUCCCUUUCAGCUUUCUCUAUCGGAAUAGAGGAACAUGGCUACACACUGGAACUUCCAAGUGCUGAGUCCUCUCCUAUACACAAACCGAUCAAUGAUGAGCCACGGAUCAUCACAGUAAUAAAAACCGACUACGGAGCCAAAAACAAAUUAUACAGUGUGUCCUGUCUAAAUAACAAAGAAAUAUGGACGCAUGGACAUGACAAAAUACUGAGACUCUAUAGCAUGUACGGAACAUUAUUCAAGUCCAUCAAAACCAAACCAGGUAACCGACCACAGGACAUAGCAGUGACAGGAGAAGGGGAUCUGGCUUACACUGCUUACUGGGACAACACUGUGAACAUUGUGAAGAAUGCUCAGACACAGACUGCUAUACAACUACAGGGGUGGAAACCUCACGGUAUUUGCUCUACCUCCUCUGGUGACCUCAUGGUUGCCAUGGACAGUGUUGAUGAUACAGAAACAAAAGUUGUGCGCUACACUGACUUCACAGAAAAACAGACAAUCCAAUUCAAUGACAAAGGACAACCUCUUUUUUCUACUAGUAAUCGUUACUAUAAGCACAUCAGCGAGAACAGGAACCUAGAUAUAUGUGUGUCCGACCGUGACGCACGCGCAGUAGUGGUUGUCAAUCAGGCUGGGAACCUCCGGUUUACCUACAAUGGUCAUCCCUCUGCUACCAAGGAAUCAUUCAGACCUGUUGGUAUCACAACAGACAGUCAUGGUCAAAUUUUGAUUGCAGACCGUGAAAACAACCGUAUCCACAUCCUGAAUCAGGACGGACAGUUCCUCCGCUACAUUGACGACGGUGGUUUGGACGGUCCAUACGGUUUAUGUGUGGACACCAGAAACAACCUCUUUGUUUCCGAGAGUGACACGGGUAAGGUCAAGAAAAUCGGAUAUAUGUAAACGAAUUGUGUACAGUUUAUGCCACAAAGAAAAUAGUGAUUUUAUAAGACAUUAACUGAACU